CACAACUGGAAAAACAGCUAAACCGUUCUCGAGAAGAGUCAGCCAGCAUGAAGACCGUUUUGUCUGUCGCUUUCCUCCUUGUAGCUCUUUGCCUGGUCUCUGAGGCUGUGCAAGUCCAGGAAGGUGAUUUUUCCUUUUCGUUGGACUCGGUGAAAGUUCUCCAGCAAUUAAUCGACCAACCACGAACACAAAACCCUCGGUUGGCCAAGACGAGCUACUUUUCUGUAUGCUCCAAUCCAACUCUCCCACAGGAGUUUAAGCCUCUGUGCAUGCAGAGAGGAGCAACAAUGUCCUUCUCUAGGCUAGCAUCUGUGGCUGUGGACGUCUGUGAAAUAUGUGCUUUUGCGGCUUGUACCGGUUGCUAACUCCUCCCAUCAUCCCCUUGCUUGAUUAUCCUCCACUUAAUAAAAU